AUGGCGGCGGAGCGGCGGGUGCCGGGGCUGGAGGCCCAGAAGCGGCAGGUCGAGGGGGACGGGCCUGGCCAGCCUGGGCGGGAGCGGCAGCUGCUGGCGGGAGAGAAGUGGUAUCUGCUGGAGAACCACUGGUACCAGCAGUGGAAGGAGUACGUGGAAUCCGGAGACCAGAACUCCAGCUCUUACCCGGGUCGGAUCAACAACGCCGAGCUGUUCGAAGAUUUGGAGUCGUACCGGUUGAAGGACAGGCUGGUGGAGUACGAGGAGUACAUUCUGGUGCCGGAGGAAGUGUGGGACAAGUUGGUGAGCUGGUAUGGCAUCGAGCAUGAGCAGCCGCCCAUUGAACGCAAGGUGGUGGACUUACCGAGCAUGUCAAAGGUGGAGGUUUACCUGGUGGAACUCUUCCUCUGCCAGCACAAUGACAUGGACAACCCCCUCAUGGCCUCCUUCAGCCGUGUGGACAUCAUCGACAAUGUCCUUAAGGAAGCCCGGCGCCUCUUUGCGGUCUCGGCCGAGGAGGAGACGAGGCUGUGGGUGAAGAAUGCGGAUGGGUCUUGCGAGAGGCUGCGGAACUUGCAGAUGACGGUGCUGGACGCUUGCCUCAGUUCAGGGCAGAUGGUGAUCAUGGAGACGAGGAGCAAAGAUGGCACUUGGCCCAGCUCUAGGCCGCAUAUCAUGAAGAACUCUAUGGAGGACGAAGAACUGUACCAGGGCCAGCCGGGUGUCUGCGGCCUCACCAACCUGGGCAACACCUGCUUCAUGAACUCUGCCUUGCAGUGUCUGAGCAACGUGCCCUCUCUCACGGAGUACUUCCUCAAGAACUGCUACCUGGAGGAGCUCAACUUCACCAACCCCCUGGGAAUGAAGGGGGAGAUCGCGGAAGCCUACGCCGACCUCAUCAAGCAACAGUGGUCUGGCCACCACCGCUCCAUCGUGCCUCGCAUGUUCAAGACCAAAGUGGGCCACUUCGCCUCCCAGUUCCUCGGCUACCAGCAGCACGACUCCCAGGAGCUCCUCUCCUUUCUGCUCGACGGGCUGCACGAGGACCUGAACCGUGUCAAGAAGAAGGAGUACAUAGAGCUGAAGGACGCGGCCGGGCGGCCGGACGAGGAAGUGGCGGAGGAGGCGUGGCGCAACCACAAGCGCCGCAACGACUCUGUCAUCGUCGACACCUUCCACGGGCUCUUCAAGUCCACACUGGUGUGCCCCGAGUGCGGCAAGGUCUCUGUGACCUUCGACCCCUUCUGCUACCUCAGCGUCCCCCUGCCCGUCAGCAAGGAGCGCGUCAUGGAAGUCUUCUUCGUCUACAUGGACCCCAGCAAGAAGCCGGAGCAGCACAGACUGAUUGUCCCAAAGGCCGGGAAAGUAUCAGACCUCUGCCGCACCUUAUCCAAGCACACGGGCGUGCCAGCUGAGCGGAUGAUGGUGGCGGAUGUGUUCAGUCACCGUUUCUACAAGAUCUUUCAGAUCGAAGAAUCCCUGAGCUGCAUCCUGGACCGGGACGAUAUUUUCAUAUACGAAGUGUCGGUGUCCACGCAGGAGGACCCGGCCACAGCAGAUGCGGUGGUCUUGCCUGUGUACCUGCGAGAACGCACCCACGGCCGCGAGUACAGUGACACCUACUACGGGGUCAUGCUCUUCGGCCACCCGCUCCUGGUCUCUGUGCCUCGGGAUCAGCUCUCUUGGGAUGCCCUUUACCAGCUCCUGCUGCAUCGGCUCUCCCGCUACGUGACUCGACCAGACUCUGAGGAAGAAGAGGAGGAGGAGGAUCAGAGUGAGGAAGAGGACCUCUACAGCAAGAGGCCCAACGGGCUCAGUGAAGGCGAGGAGGAGGAGGAAGAGGAGGAGGAGGAGGAGGAGACGACAGCGGAAGGCUCCACUAGCCAGGAACCCAGCUCGGAAGCAGAGGAAAACCCCUCCGACGCAUCCAUAGGGGAAGAAGGAGCCGGCGGGGAGGGGAGGCAGAGCCCCAGUCCGUCCCCGCACCAGCCAGCCAAGUCUCCCCGGGCCCCCUCUUCCAGCCCCAGUCCUCCGACGGCCAACCAGCCCAAGCGCAAGUGUUGCCUGCUGCAGCGGCGAAAGCUGCUCUUCACCCUCCAGCCGGUUAACUCAAACGGUACCAGUGACCGGAUGGCCGGUCAGGACGAGGGCAGUGCCGUCUCCUUCAACUCCCAACCGUACGUCGCUAUGGACUGGGACUCGGACAUGAAGAAGCGUUACUACAACGAGGCGGAGGCCGAGGGCUACGUCAAACACGACUGCAUGGGCUACACGCUGAAAAAGAACCCCGUCAGACUGCAGGAGUGCAUCGAGCUCUUCACCACCGUGGAGACGCUGGAGGAGGAGAACCCUUGGUACUGCCCCACCUGCAAAAAGCACCAGCUGGCCACCAAGAAGCUGGACUUGUGGUCACUGCCGGAGACCCUGAUCAUUCACCUCAAGCGCUUCUCCUACACCAAGUUCUCCCGGGAGAAGCUCGACACCCUUGUGGAAUUCCCGAUCCGGGACCUCGAUUUCUCUGACUUCAUCAUAAAGCCACGGAAAGAAACGGACCACACGGUGUACAAGUAUGACCUUAUCGCUGUGUCCAACCACUACGGCGGCCUCCGAGACGGGCAUUACACAACGUUCGCCCGGAACAAAGACAGCGGGACGUGGUUCUACUUCGAUGACAGCAACGUCUCUGUGGUUUCCAAGGCUCAGAUCGAGUCCAAAGCUGCCUACGUCCUUUUCUACCAACGUCAGGACAAAAUCCGCCACCCGUCUCCCCGUCCCGCGGCCACGAGCAGCCCCAGCGCCGGAGAGCAGGAGGAGUAUGAGGCGUGCUGUGAUCCCCUUCCCGGCCAGCCCCUGAGCCGAGACUUCAUGGACGUGGACUGA